AAGAAGCCCAGGAGCCAGAAUGGCCAAGCGUGAGCUCUCCAGCACCUUGAAAAAUUUGAAGUUCAUGCAAAGGGCACUUCAGAAUGAGAACAAACAAAAGAAAGAAGUGGAACUCAAACCGGACGGCAAUUUCGUCUCCUCUAAUACCCACCGGAAGUGCAUAGUCAUAAUGGAAGGGAGUCCCCAUCCAGGGGCGUUAAAGGGUCGGAUUUCAUUUCAAAGUUUUAAUCCUUCUAUUGAUAAAUUGAAUGAUGAAGCCGCAACUCUUUGUCAAUCACAAGCAUCGACCACAAGUUCUGGCAAUCAAAGCAGUUCUGAUAGAGAGAACGAAUCUUCACAGAUCAGAUCAGAGGGCUUAAAUGUAUCUAGACCUAGUAGUGACUCUGAUGUAGACCAUAAAAGGAAACAACCAGAAGUUGAUGAGGGAGCACAAUAUCCAAGUAAAUCUCAGAAAAAUGUAAGUGACGGAGGCAAUCGAUGUUCAACACCGAGUAGUGAUAAAGGCUCUUAUAAGCAACCUAAGCGUGAGAAGCUGGACUGGAAUGUUUUAAGACCACCAAAGGCUCAGAGCAAAAGGGUUUGAACAUAUCAGGAGGGCCGAUGUCAAUUUCUGAGCUCUGGUCACUGGUCCACUGUGAAGGAGAAUAUUUCUACAAGUUUCAACUAUAAAUUUCAAUAUCUGUCUCUGCAUCUAACUUAAGGAACCAUUCUUGUAGUAUAAUAU